AAGCUGAGCCUGAGAAGGCAGAAAAAACAAGGCCUUUGCAUUUACUCUGUAAUAUUAUUCUCUGUGAAAUCUUAACAAACUCUCCAGAUUUUUGGACAAUGAACACUGCGAAAAGAGCCGCCCAGCUCCUCUCAUCUCACAACGUCACGUCUCUCUUCGACUCUGUCGAGGCCUUUCUCUUCGAUUGCGAUGGUGUGAUUUGGAAAGGUGAUAAGCUCAUUGAUGGGGUUUCUCAAACACUUGAAAUGCUUCGCUCUAAGGGGAAGAAGCUGGUUUUUGUGACCAAUAAUUCCACAAAAUCAAGAAGGCAAUACGCGAAGAAGUUCAAUUCCCUUGGUAUUUCAGUUAGAGAGGAUGAGAUAUUCUCCUCAUCUUUUGCAGCUGCUAUGUACUUGAAAGUCAAUAAUUUUCCUCGAGAAAAGAAGGUAUAUGUGAUAGGCGGGGAAGGUAUAUUAGAAGAGCUGCAGCUUGCUGGAUACACAGGCCUUGGUGGCCCAGAAGAUGGUGAAAAGAGAGCAGAGUGGAAAUCAAAUUCCCUAUUUGAACAUGAUAAGAGUGUUGGAGCAGUUGUGGUUGGGCUAGACCCACACAUCAAUUAUUACAAGCUUCAGUAUGGAACCCUAUGCAUACGUGAGAAUCCAGGGUGUCUCUUUAUUGCUACCAAUCGCGAUGCAGUGGGACAUAUGACCGAUUUACAGGAGUGGCCUGGGGCCGGUUGUAUGGUUGCUGCAAUGUGUGGUUCAACUGAGAGAGAGCCUAUUGUAGUUGGAAAACCAUCAACCUUCAUGAUGGAUUUUUUAUUGCAGAAAUUUCAAGUAAGUACCUCCAAAAUGUGUAUGGUUGGUGAUAGACUAGACACUGACAUUUUAUUUGGAAAAAAUGCUGGCUGCAAAACUCUUCUUGUUCUCUCAGGUGUGACAAAUCAAUCCACUCUAGAAGAUCCCUCCGGCACUAUCCAACCAGAUUAUUAUACAAGCAAGAUAUCUGAUUGCCUUCACUUAUUGGGACCAUAAUCUCAUUAUUUUCGUUUGAGUAAUUAUUUCUGGCAAAUGGACAAAUCCAUUUCUUAAUGGGUCAGAAUCAGUAGAUUAAUCAUUCAUAAACUUGUAUACAUGCAUUUCAUUGCCUCACGAAAUGUCAUUUUAAUAAAUAUUAUUCCCAUCAAUUGUAAUAAAUAUGCUGUUGUAAUUCUUGUUUACUGCUGCCAAAGUUACCAGCUCAAGUAUAAAAUAUUGGUUCUUUGCGGCCAUUUUGGCCUGUAGACAGUGAAAA